AUGAGGUUGAAAAGGGCAGCAACUGUCGGCAGUGACUGGACGUCGAAGGAAGCCGAUGCAAGGAAACCACCGUCGAUGAUCGAGUUAGAGAUGUGGCGUGAUAGAUUAAGGUUUGAAAACUCUUGUUCUAAUGUUGAUAUAGGGGAUUGCAUGGGGGAUCAAUUUUUUAUAGUUCGGGUUAAUGGGAACUUGAAAGAAUUCCUAUUUACUUUUGUUUAUGCGAAAUGCUCCUACUUGGAGCGUAGAAGACUUUGGAGUGCUUUGAUGAGUGCAAACAUCCAUAAUAUACCAUGGAUGCAUAUGUGGGUAUCCCAUUCUCAAUUUUUUGGAUGUGUUUCUGAGGCUUGGAAUGUCGAGGAUGUUGGGGGAUCAAGGUUUUAUAGCAUUGUAUCAAAGCUUAAACGUUUAAAGGUUGCUCUGAGAUCAUGGAAUAAGCAAAUUUUUGGAAGGACUAAAACCAACAUUGCAAAGCUUGAGGCUCGUAUCAAGGGGUUGGAGGAUAGUCUACAUUCUACUUUUUCAAAAGAAGUGGAGAUUGAUUUAGUUGUCUCUCAGUUGGAGCUCUCGAUUUGGUUGGAUAGGGAAAAGCAGCGUUUAGCUCAACAAGCCAAACAAGGAUGGAUAAAAAAGGGUGAAGCAAAUUCGGCUUUUUUCAUGUUGUGA